AGUUUGUAAACCUUUGGUACAGAUAUUUGGUACAUCAGACGCGUGAGGGUUUUUAAGCUUUAUUUUGGAAGCCUGUUUUUCUUCGUUCUUUACCAUUCACACUGAUAUUUCUGAUAAUAACAGUUCAUCACUAUGGGUAUUCAUGGACUUGCAAAGCUCAUUGCAGAUCACGCGCCUUCAUCUAUCAAGGAACAGGACAUCAAAAACUACUUUGGAAGGAAAAUUGCUAUUGAUGCGUCCAUGUGCAUCUACCAGUUUUUGAUCGCGGUCAGACAGGACGGUAAUGUGUUGCAGAAUGAAGAUGGAGAGACCACUAGCCACCUCAUGGGCAUGUUCUACAGGACCAUCCGAAUGCUGGAGAGUGGCAUCAAGCCGGUUUAUGUGUUUGAUGGAAAGCCCCCUCAGCUGAAGUCAGGAGAGGUGCGUCAGAAACACCGUCACUAA